ACUAAGCAGAAUGCCCUGUGUUUUUUUCUUCAGAAGUUACCAAAAGUAGGCCUUGGAUGUAAAGGACGAUGAAGUGAAGAAACCCCUUGGCAGAGACCAACUGGAUGGGAAAAGGGAGGUCACACAGGUACACAUUGAGAUUUCUGGUGAAGUAUAGCAGACAGUUAUCUGAUGGCGCCCCCUCAGCAGCAUUCCUUUAGGGUGGUGGAAGCGCAUUGUCUCUUCUGAUGACAGUUAAAGGAUGAUGGGGUCCAAUACACUUGGGAAGGCUGCAACGCUGGAUGAACUAUUAAGCACCUGCAUUCAAACGUUUGAUUACAAAGGGGAACUGAAUAAUAAUAAUUUACCAAGAACCUUCCUGUUAAUGCAUCGAUGGUAUCUACAGUCCACAGAACUGGCUGGCAAACUUCUCUCCCUAUAUAGAGAUUCCAGUGGAGAAAACACAGAUGAAAUCCGUUUAAAAAUCUGCUACUUUAUGAGAUACUGGAUUAUGGAAUUUCCUGCAGAAUUUAAUCUGGACCUUGGCUUGGUUCGUCUGACUGAAGAGUUUCAAGAAUUAGCUAACCAUCUGGGUUAUGAAGAACAUAUUCACCUUAUUGACAUCUCUAGCAUUCCCUCUUAUGAUUGGAUGAGAAGAGUCACACAAAGGAAAAAAAUCUCCAAGAAGGGAAAAGCUUGCCUGCUGUUUGAUCACCUGGAACCCAUUGAGCUUGCUGAGCACCUCACUUUUUUGGAGCAUAAAUCUUUUAGAAGGAUAUCUUUUACAGAUUAUCAGAGCUAUGUGAUCCAUGGUUGCCUGGAGAACAACCCAACUCUGGAAAGAUCCAUUGCUUUGUUUAAUGGCAUCUCUAAGUGGGUCCAGUUGAUGAUCCUCAGCAAACCAACCCCACAGCAAAGGGCAGAAGUAAUCACCAAGUUCAUUAAUGUUGCACAGAAACUUCUGCAUCUCCAAAACUUCAAUACACUAAUGGCAGUUGUAGGAGGACUAAGCCACAGCUCAAUUUCACGUCUCAAAGAAACUCAUUUCCACCUUUCCUCAGAGGUUACAAAGGAUUGGAAUGAAAUGACUGAACUAGUCUCCUCCAAUGGAAACUACUGCAGCUACCGCAAAGCUUUUGCUGAUUGUGUUGGCUUCAAAAUCCCAAUCUUAGGAGUCCAUUUGAAGGACUUGAUUGCUGUUCAUGUCAUCUUUCCAGACUGGACUAAUGAAAGCAAAGUCAACAUUGUGAAAAUGCAGCAGCUUUCAGUCACAUUGAAUGAGCUGGUUUCCCUACAGACAGCCUCUCAUCAUCUUGAGCCAAACAUGGAUUUAAUUAACCUGCUAACACUUUCCCUGGACCUCUACCAUACAGAAGAUGACAUUUACAAGCUCUCUCUGGUGCUGGAACCAAGGACUUCUAAAUCACAGCCUACCUCUCCAACAACUACGAACAAGCCAGUCGUGCCGCUUGAGUGGGCAUCUGCAGUAAUACCAAAGCCAGAUCCAAAUAUCAUUAGCAAACACAUCAGAAAAUUAGUUGACUCUGUUUUUAGAAACUAUGACCAUGACCAUGAUGGUUACAUUUCUCAAGAAGACUUUGAAAGCAUUGCAGCCAAUUUUCCUUUUCUGGACUCAUUCUGUGUAUUAGACAAAGAUCAGGAUGGCCUUAUAAGCAAAGAAGAAAUGAUGGCUUAUUUUCUGAGGGCCAAAUCUCAACUACAAUGUAAAAUGGGACCAGGUUUCAUUCAUAAUUUCCAGGAAAUGACCUAUCUCAAGCCAACUUUCUGUGAGCAUUGUGCUGGAUUUCUCUGGGGCAUAAUCAAGCAAGGUUACAAAUGCAAAGAUUGUGGUGCCAAUUGCCAUAAACAGUGCAGAGAUCUGCUUGUUCUGGCCUGCAGGAAGUUUGUCAGAGGGACCUCGCUAAGAAACAACCAUGGUUCUCUACCUAAUAGUCCAUCAAUGCCAGCAGUCCAAGAUGAAGUCUUUCAUUUUCCCAGCGUUACUCCACGAAAUCAGUAUAUAGACAGCAGAGCAAUUACACUGGUGACUGGCUCUUCUCGCAAGAUUUCUGUACGUCUACAACGGGGAACCACCAGCCAAGCAACCCAGACAGACCCUCUGUGGCACGAACCAGGUUGGGGCGAUUCUGGAUCACAUACAUUCCCCAAAAUGAAGUCCAGGUUCCAUGGAAAAUCUGGAAAGAAUAAAGGGUUUGCUAAAUGGGAGAAUGAAAAGCCCAGUGUUGAGUCCAGUAUAAAUACGGAAGUAGCAUCUACAGCACAUGUACCAGAUCAGAAUGGAACAGAUUCUCUUCUAGAAAGGCAAGACAUGGAGGACAGCUGAUCUGCUGUUGCAAAAGAUGGAAGACCAUUCAAGACAUGCUGGAAUAUCAUGCCAUUAUUACAUUCAGCAGAUAUUUCUUCUUUUGCCUGUGCCAGAAAUUUAACAGCUGAAUGAAUGCUCCAAUUAUUUUUUCGCACAGUUAAAAUAAUUUGAUCAGUCCUUCACAGAUAAAAAGAAAGUUAUAGCUCUGGACUGUCUAAGGGUUUUUGUAUCUAUUUGCAGAGAGGGCAUGGAAGCUGAUGUGCACAAUUUCACUACUACCCAAGACACAGUGGUUUCUAGAAUUAUCACAACUAUCAUGCUUGAAGGAUCAAGACAUGUGUGCACCAAAAAAGUUUGUUAGUGCUGCAUGUUCUGAUGUGUACAUUCUUUGUCUGGGGUUUGCAGCUACAUCACAAGUUGGCAUCCUUUGAAAAGCAACAGAGCUCAAGAGUUUCUCCCACAGUGUCCUCUACAGACCUAUUUUGAUUCAAUCUUUAGUAUACCCUCCCAUUUUUGCAAAAAAAUAUUAGAAGCUUUCUCCAUCUUCCCUUAAAUAUGUGAUAGGCUACUGGUCUGUUAAUUAGAUAUUACAAAAACAGGAUUAUUAAAUGAGGUCAUUCCAAAUAUCAAUUAGAUGUGGAAAGACUUGUGGAAUCCUGGUAAUGUUGUGCUUUGGGCUGUUUAAGGAAUUAGUAGGAAAAGAUCUGUCCACUAAUAUUUAGUAUGACAAAGUAAUAAUGCACUACACCUUAAAAUUUAGGCUUCAUUUCUAAAAAUAUAUUUCAGCAUACUGGUUGUUAUCUAAAUAAAACAAAACUGGAUUUCAUUGACAUUAAAUGUCACAAUAAAAGCUGGGCUGGAGAAUGUUUGAUGAAAUAUACCCUCAUACAAAUAUUUACUAGCACAAACUGACAUUUUAUCUAGCUCAGUGCUCUCUCUUUCACACUGGCCAUCUGUGAUAUAAUGCAUGAAGCCAUGGCUUAUUAUGGUAGUGCAACAACAGUGUAUUCAGUUUGCUGUGAUUCAGCUGCUUAAAGGUGUUCUUUAUAUAUUCUGCUCUUCCACCCUCUGCUGAGGGUGGCUGAAAACACAUACAAUUCACCAUCAAUACAAGAUUAACAAUAAUAGUUAAAAUCUUCAAAAAUGUUGUUUCAUCAAACAUAACCCAAUCAGUCUUCUUAAAGUUAUCCAUGCCUUGCAGCCUUUUCUAAAAGCCAGUUUGGUUGAAAGUGUUUGCAUUUCAUUCCACAGUUGUUGAGCUAUAACUGAAAAUACCAUUCUCUCACUUGCCCCAACUGCACUUUGAAGUGGAAUGGAGCCAACAAAUAAAAAUGGCAGGAUGUUGUGGGUUUUCUGAGUUGUAUGGCCAUGCUCUAGUAGUAUG